GGCCCGCGGUGUACGUACUCUCUCUGUAUUUCCGUUCAUAUCAUGUUCUUCUCUUCUCUUCACUUCUUCCUCCGCUAUCGAAUCGCCUUUUCCACACCCUCUUCCAAAUUCAAUUCCCAACAUCUAUUCCCUUCAACUUUCCUACCUAAACGACAGCUCAACUUGGCCCCCUUACUCACCCCAACCCACAGCGCAAUACCCCUCCUCCUCUUCAUCGACACAUACGCCCUCUUCCAAUCUGAAGAAGGCCUUUUACCCGGUGCAAUCAUCCUCUUCACCGGCGUGUGUCUGACUGCUGUCUGGGCCACGUCCCGCAUCUUGUGCCUUGAACAUAUGAUUAUGAAGACUGUGGAAGCGCGGAUAAGGAUACUGGAGAUAGCUGCGCGCGUCCAGGGUAGGGAGGCUGUAAAGACUAGGGAUGAGGAGUGGUUUGAGAGGAAGGCGUGGGGUGGUGUGUUUUGGGACUUCGGUGGGGUGUAGAUGGGGGUGGGUGAGGAGGAGAGGGAGGAUCUUGUGGUAUUGAUGGACUUUUACUAUGGUUGCAAUUUUAUGAUGUGCGCGUUGUCUCUAUCUGAAAAGUUGGGUAUGAGACUCCUCAUAUGCUAUGUAUCCUUUCUGUGUACCUGACUUCCACCUACUAGCUUGGAGCUUAUUUUGAAGCUGAAUAGCCAUAAUCUCGACCUGACGCGAUGAGCACUCUUAACCUGUACUGAGUAUAAAUAAAGACCAUGCUGUGCAU